UAAGUGCCAGAGUGACAGUGGCAUCUCAUCCUUGGCUCAGGACUCCAGCUGGUUUCAGGAUAUCUAUACUGCAGUGUUGUCUCUGGACACCCUCACACACCAGAAUGUUUUCCCUCCUGUUCUUUGCUGUGCUCUGCGCCAGCUGCCUGGCUGCUCCCGAUGAGCACUACUCCUUCUCCCCUCCUGUUGGACCUGGGGGUGGCACUUCCUUCUCCACAGCAGGAGACGGAGGGAUCAGGGGGAUUAGGGUCUGGGAGUCUAUCAACGCUUACAUCACAGGUCUCCAGGUGCGCAAUGGCUUCUCCUGGUCCAACGUUAUUGGUCGCACACUUGGAGAUGCACAGGAGCUGGAACUAUGUGAUGAUGAGUACAUUAUUCAGAUCUCUGGCAAAUACAGCACCUCCUAUAUCUAUCAGCUGAUCUUUGUGACCAGUACAGGGAGAUCUCUGAUAGUUGGCCAGCCCACACAUACCUCUUUCAACUUCUGCCCGAUCCACUGUGGUUGCGAGCUAAAAAUGCUGAGUGGUCGCUAUACCACCUCAGGGAUCAAGUCUUUGGGAGCUCACUGGGGAAGUUGGAUGAUAUCAACCAACACUUCAGUCCACGACUACUGAGUACUAACAACAGUCUUAACAGGGAAUAAUCCCCAUGUGGGGAAGUUAUCUACUAAACAUGUACUUUAUAGACAAGACAGUAUUCUUUCAUCAAAUGAAGGGGCUCUGAGUAACAGCAUUUUGCAUUUUGCAUUCUCAUGAAAGACAGAUUGCAAUGAUUUAUUGCACUUUAUCAAUACCUCAUGUAUUUUGAGGAAUGCUAAGGAUAUUAAGAGAUUAUAUAUGUGGUUUUUAUUUCUGCAUAUUUAAAUGGUUGGAGAAAUGUUCAGUCUGACCAAUAUUUAAUUCUGUUGCAUGCAAUAUGCUGUUGUAUUUUAUAAAAGGUAUGAUAUUUUUUUUCCUCUUGUGACUUUGUGGCUGUUAUGCAAAAUUAAUAAAACAACUAAAUCAAA